AUGCAGCCCUCAGUUAUCGAUAUUAUCAAGAGCCAGCGCGCUACUGUGCCUCCCGUCCUCACGGCUGACCUGUCAGGGAAGACAGUCAUCGUGACUGGAGGGAAUGGGGGCAUUGGCUACGAAACUGUGAAGCAUUUCGCGAAGAUGAACGCUGGGAAUAUUGUCAUUGCUUGCCGUAGUAGAGAGAAAGGCGAGGCCGCUGUUGCGACCAAGUUCAGUUCAGUCGUCGAGUUUUGUGAUAAAUUCCAGAAAGAGGAAGAAAGACUUGACAUUUUAGUAGCCAAUGCAUCUAUCGCAACUUUUGACUACCGCACCACGCAGGAUGGCUGGGAGGAAACUCUACAGGUCAACAACCUCUCGACGCUCCUAUGUUGCAUCUUGCUCGUUCCAAUACUGCUGAGAACGGGGGAGCAGUUCAAGUCUCAGCCCCGGAUCGUCAUCGUCGGAAGUGGUGUACACUACUACCAGUCCGGUCUUGACGAGAAUGUCAUCCACGCCGCCGACCCAUUGAAGAUGUUCAGUAGUGCGGAGUACUGCAAAAAGUCGGUUAUGGCGACUAGGUACUACGACAGCAAGCUGCUCAGCCUUUUCAUCACCCGUUCCCUCGCGGAAGUCCUCAAGAACACUCCGAUUAUCGCGAAUGUCGUAGACCCAGGCUUCUGUUACUCCGAUCUUCGACGGGAGGCCAGCCGCAUCCAACAAUUUGCUUUCAAGAUGCUUGAGAAGUUUAUGGCUCGGACGACCGAGGAAGGAAGCAGACAGUUGGUGUGGGCGGCGCUCGCACAAGAAGAGGGCGGAUUGAAGCUGAGAGGGGCUUACGUCGAUUCGAUGGCUGUCGUUGAGCCAAGUGAUUAUUCGAUCAGUCACAAGGGGCUCAGGGCACAAGAGGUGCUAUGGGCUGCGAUGGUCAAGGAGCUUGGGAAGGUUGAUUCGAGGAUGACCCACAUCCUGAACAGCCUUUCAACAUAA